GUCGUCCCGGCGCUCACGCAGGUCCAGCGCGGUUUCUUCUGCAACCGAUAUCCAUUUAAGGACCAUCCUUAACACACUGUUUGGACAGGACAGAGAGCUGCGACCAGAGGAAAUGGAUGAGCUGCGGGAUGCUUUCAAAGAGUUCGACAAAGACAAAGACGGCUUCAUCAGCUGCAAAGAUCUGGGGAACUGCAUGAGAACGAUGGGGUACAUGCCCACCGAGAUGGAGCUGAUUGAACUGGUGGGAGGUCAUGUUGACUUUGAGGACUUUGUGGAGUUAAUGGGCCCCAAACUCCUCGCUGAAACUGCAGACAUGAUUGGAAUAAAGGAAUUAAAAGAGGCCUUUAGGGAGUUUGACACAAACGGAGAUGGUGCCAUUAGCACGUCUGAGCUCCGAGAUGCAAUGAGGAAGCUGCUGGGCCACCAAGUUGGUCUUAAAGAAGUGGAAGAUAUCCUGAGAGAGGUUGACUUGAAUGGUGAUGGACUUGUUGACUUUGAAGAGUUUGUAAGAAUGAUGUCUCGCUAAGAUCAUGAAAAUGAUCGUUCCUGAAUGUGAAGCGAUGUCCUUCUUCACUCCAAACCACAUACAGCCAAGGGCAUACCAAGAUCCUCUGAGCCAUCCACGUCUAAACGACACUGGAAUUAAAACCCAUUGAAUGUCAUGGAGCAAGGAGUCACCUCUUACUUUACAUCAAAAACUGUUCUUCCUAAACAAACAAAAAAAAAAGAAUAUCUUGUUUAACUGAGGCAGAAUUUUCUGUAGCAUGGGUAAGGACUGCAUUAUUUCUGUUUCUGUUUUCCUUUUUGCACUUUAAUGCUCACAAACGAACUUCCUGUAUGGAUCAAUUAUUGAUGUCCCGUCUCAUCCUCGACACAGUUUCAUUAAGCGUCUUGCAAAAUGUUGUUUUUGUUGUUAACCAGCAUCAAAAUAAGAGACUCCAUGUAGGAAAGAUGUAAAAGAUCAACACUGUUGAAUGUUUCACUAUAUACUCACAUCGUACGUGCUAGAAGUUGUAUAUGGAAGCGUCUCUGUGUGACAGCUGUGCAUCACAGAGGAAACCGUGUGGCAAUAUCACAAAUGUAAUGUAAAUGUGUGACCGUCCGUGUGUACGUUUUCACCGUCCAGUCCAAUGAAAAGCGUCACUGUCUGACAUGCAGCAAAGAAACAAACCUCUGAAAUGAUUUUCCUAUUUGUUGUUCACUCCCAGUACUCGAGUUUAGGGGAGAUGAGGG